AUGGAGGCCGCGGUGCGCGCCGGCGGCGCCUGCCUGGUCUACUGCAAGAACGGCCGCAGCCGCUCGGCCACCGUGUGCACCGCCUACCUCAUGCGGCACCGCGGCCUCAGCUUGGCGCAGGCCUUCCAGGCGGUGAAGAGUGCUCGCCCGGUGGCCGAGCCCAACCCUGGGUUCUGGUCUCAGCUCCAGAAGUACGAGGAGGCCCUGCAGUCCCUGUCCCGCCCGCCGAGCACCUCGCUGGUCCUGGUCCGUCCUCACGCCUUCGUUCUUAGGGGCCUGAGUGGCGCCGCCUGCGUCAGCGCUGUGGCCACCGUCACCUCUACCCUGCAAGCAGGAUCACUGAAUGCAUCAGGAGAAUGUCCUGAGCUCAGUGUCCUCCUGGCAACUCUGACCCAGUCCAUUGGCCCCGACUCCAAGCGUACCCGGGCCUGGUGGGCCGGCACCCAGCCCCUCUCCGGGUUGCCAGUCGGCAGCCCUCCUCUGCAUGUGCUGCAUCCUGUCACACCCUGCCUGCCGCUCACUGCCACCAAGCCCACUUCUUCCACGGCCGUUACUCCCUCCAAGCCCCUCGCACCUUUCCGUCAACCCCUUGCCCUAAGGAAGCUGUUGCCAUUUCUCCAAUUAGCAGUUCUGUUUGAGAACCAGCGAGCCGCGGCCUUUGGUGAGGCCCGCUCUCCCGAGGACCCCUGCCUGCCGGACAUCCCCCUGGCAGUGCACAACGUCCCCCCUCCCGGCUUGCUGUCCGACCCCGCAUACAGUACCCUAUCCGCGCACACCGUCCCGGGUCCCCUGCCCCGCGUCGCGCCCAGCACCCCAACCCCUCACACGUUGCCCUCGGACCUGCACUCGGGGCCCCCCCUCGCGGAGCCUCCGGCUUCCCCAGCCCGGCCCCCGCUUGAAAAGAAGCCCACCUUCCGGAGCCCCGCCGCGGCCCUGCUGCCCCGGCCCGGCCGGACCCGCUGCGAGGCGGGUGCCCGCGUCUGUGAACCAUACCCCGACCCCGGUCGCGGGGACAAGCACCGCGGCAGUUCCCGAAGCCCGGUGUCGCAGGCCCCCAAGCCUGCCCUCCCGCGAAGCUUCGCCGCUCCAGGACCUCCGCACCCCCCAGGGACCGCCCAUUGGUCCCCGCCCACCCCACUGCAGCCAAUCCCACUCCCAACCACGAGCCCAACCAAUGGCCGCCUUCGCCAUCCGCAGCCAAUCGGGGAAGGAGCCCCGCUCCGGCCGGCCAAUGGGGAGGGCGCCCGGGAGACCUUUAGGACCCGGGGGUGCCCGGCGGCCGCCCAAACUAGACCCGCGGGCCCGGGCCCGAGCGCCGGUUAUGGACUCAGGAGGGUCCGGCCGCUGCGGAGCCCCCGGGGGCGCCUCGCCCGCGCCGCCGCCCUUUGCACGCGUCGCCCCGUCACUUUUUCUCGGGAGUGCGCGCGCCGCGGCCGCGCCGGAGCUGCUGGAGCGCGCGGGCCCCCGCUGCCCGCCUUCCCCGAGGCGCCCGGCGCCGAGCCCGACUGCUGCCCGCUGGCCUUCAGGGUGGACCCGUUCACCGACUACGGCUCCUCGCUCACCGUCACCCUGCCGCCCGAGCUGCAGGCGCACCAGCCCUUCCAGGUCAUCCUGCGCUACACCUCGACCGACGCCCCCGCCAUCUGGUGGCUGGACCCCGAGCUGACCUACGGCAACGCCAAGCCCUUCGUGUUCACCCAGGGCCACUCGGUGUGCAACCGCUCCUUCUUCCCCUGCUUCGACACACCCGCCGUCAAGUGCACCUACUCGGCUGUCGUCAAGGCCCCGUCAGGGGUGCAGGUGCUGAUGAGUGCCACGCAGAGCACGUACGUGGAGGAGGAGGGCGUCUACCACUUCCACAUGGAGCACCCUGUGCCCGCCUACCUCGUGGCCCUCGUGGCCGGGGACCUCCAGCCGGCAGACAUCGGGCCUAGGAGCCGCGUGUGGGCCGAGCCGUGCCUCCUGCCCACGGCCACCAGCAAGCUGUCGGGCGCGGUGGAGCAGUGGCUGAGCGCAGCCGAGCGGCUGUACGGGCCCUACAUGUGGGGCAGGUACGACAUUGUCUUCCUGCCGCCCUCCUUCCCCAUCGUCGCCAUGGAGAACCCCUGCCUCACCUUCAUCAUCUCCUCCAUCCUGGAGAGCGACGAGUUCCUGGUCAUCGACGUCAUCCACGAGGUGGCCCACAGCUGGUUCGGCAAUGCCGUCACCAAUGCCACGUGGGAGGAGAUGUGGCUGAGCGAGGGCCUGGCCACCUAUGCCCAGCGCCGCAUCACCACUGAGACCUACGGGGCUGCCUUCACCUGUCUGGAGACGGCCUUCCGCCUGGAUGCCCUGCACAGGCAGAUGAAGCUGCUCGGGGAGGACAGUCCGGUCAGCAAGCUGCAGGUCAAGCUGGAGCCAGGAGUGAACCCCAGCCACCUGAUGAACCUGUUCACCUACGAGAAGGGCUAUUGCUUCGUGUACUACCUGUCCCAGCUGUGCGGUGACCCCCAGCGCUUUGACGACUUUCUCCGAGCCUACGUGGAGAAGUACAAGUUCACCAGCGUGGUGGCCCGGGACCUGCUGGACUCCUUCCUGAGCUUCUUCCCAGAGCUGAAGGAGCAAAGUGUGGACUGCCGGGCAGGGCUGGAGUUCGAGCGCUGGCUCAACGCCACGGGCCCCCCGCUGGCCGAGCCAGACCUGUCUCAGGGAUCCAGCCUGACUCGGCCCGUGGAGGCCCUCUUCCAGCUGUGGACUGCAGAGCCUCUGGACCAGGCGGCCGCCUCCGCCAGUGCCAUCGACAUCUCCAAGUGGAGGACCUUCCAGACAGCGCUCUUCCUGGACCGUCUCCUGGAUGGGUCCCCGCUGCCCCAGGAGGUGGUGAUGCGCCUGUCCAAGUGCUACUCGUCCCUGCUGGACUCCAUGAACGCCGAGAUACGGAUCCGCUGGCUGCAGAUCGUGGUCCGCAACGACUACUACCCUGACCUCCACCGGGUCCGGAGGUUCCUCGAGAGCCAGAUGUCCCGCAUGUACACCAUCCCACUCUACGAGGACCUCUGCACCGGCGCCCUCAAGUCCUUCGCCCUGGAGGUGUUCUACCAGACCCAGGGCCGGCUUCACCCCAACCUGCGCAGGACCAUCCAGCAGAUCCUGUCCCAGGGCCUGGGCCCCGGCGCCGAGCCCAGCGCGGAGCAGGCCGCUGCCGGACCCGACUCAGAGGUGGACCCAGACGCGCCGGCCCUGCUGCUCGGGGACGAGGCCCCCGGCGGCGCCAUUUCUCUCAGGGACGUCAACGUGUCUGCCUAGCCCUGACCUCCCAGACACCACGAUUGUGCCUUCUGCGGCCCGGGCCCGCCGUGACUGUGCCUCGGCUCUGGCCGCGAGCUCCCCACUGCCGGCUCCGCCAGGGACUUCCUCCCGGGCGGCGAGGCCGGUGGACCUGGUCCCCCCAGCGCUCUUGCACUGCAGGCCCCGGAGAGGCCAGCACACGCCAUACCUGUCUCGACACUGACUGCUGGGCACUGCCCCCGGGGUGACAGCCCCGCAGUCCCACGGCGACUGCCACACUGUGCCUUAGGUGGCUGGAAGUCCAGGCCACGCCGUCCUCACACAGGCCUCCUGUUCGCGGAGUCCCGCACCCACCACUGGGGUCGGCAGCCUCAGGUGCCCCUGGCAGAGGACAAGGACACAGACAUGCCCUUAGUGUAGGGUCAGGGGACACUGAGGAGAAGAGGGUGGACCUCCCUGCGGAGGGCUCCCCGGAAAGCCUUAGCCCCUCAGGGAACACGGGGUGCCAGCCCCCAGGACAGUCUGCCUCUGGGCUGUAACACCCCCCAGGGAGGAGAGCAGGGGGGCUGGUGCUCUUCUCAGGCCCACCGUGCGGGGAGAGGCCUGGGCGCCCUGUACCGGCUCACCAUGAUCGUCCCAUUAAACCUCCACUCUGCAAACAGCCA